AUGAGUAUUUCAGAAUACGUGCAAGAACAUGGUGCAGUUGUACCAUUGCUUGGUAACCUUGCCAGCCCAGGACCUUUCCAAUUCACGAAUCGAUUCGGUAAUCUAACCAACGAGGAUGUUCGACAAGCUUUCUGCAGAGCUAACUGCUUCUGCCCGACAAACUACGAUUCCUACACAUGGGGCGAUACCGUGCCACAUGGUGGUUGUUACAGGACCAUCCCGCUCACAGCGAUCCAGAUGCUCGCUGCUAACAACUGCAAGAAGCAGCACAACGGAGCUCUCGCCACAGUUGAGAGCCGUGACAAGUCGAUGUUCCUGAGUACAUUGUUCCCGUCGAAAACCAAGUUCUGGAUUGGUCUUCAGCGCCAGUCUAAUGGUGUGUUUGCGUGGCCUGAUGGCACCGUGCUUCAGUGGAACGAUUAUCAAAUGUGGGCUCCAGGAUAUCCGAUUGCAAAUGCAGGUGACUGCGUCUACAUGUACCAAUAUUCUGGCUUCAGCUUUGGCUGGUUCAACGAUGAUUGCUUCGAUGAUUUCGACUAUGUCUGCCAGAGCGCUCCGUGCUGUGCUGAUACAUAUUGCUCAACUUUGGCUUAA